AUGGCCAACGAAAAGAAGCGGAAGAAGGUAGAAGCUCAACGACGCUACCGCAUGAACCGUCAAGAUCGAGCUGCAAUGGACGCCUUCUGCAUCAUGCGAUUUCCGACGCUUUCGGACGAAACACUCGCUCGGCGUCGAUACUUUCGAGAGAAGCAGCGCGAAUAUCGCCGCAAGUUGAGUGCUGAUGGGGCAGCAAUGGAAGCGGAGCUCGUACACCUUCAGUUGAUCCUUGAUAGUCUUCAAGCCAAGAGUCUGCCGUCCGUGCGUGAAGCUAGCGAUGGUCCGUUGUCGUGGCAUUCCAUUGCCAUGGUGUUCAAAAGUGAAGCCCAUCGGGUCUUGACGGACCGCGAGUCACUGAUCACUCAAACGAAAGGGUUCCGCGCCCUCAUUGCGUCUAUGCAGCGCUUUGUCAUGAUGAACAUUCCGCUGCCCGUGUCCCGCAGCAAUACGUGGCCCAGUGCGACGUUGGUAGCCGACCCGAGAACUCGAAACCUGGGCAAGGAGUGGCUCACGCAGCAAAUGUACCACAACAUCCACGAGCCGUUCGCGUUGCUUCCUGCUGUGAGAUUGGACGAUGAGUUUUUCGAAUUUGACUUUCAAUCGCCGGACGAACACGACGAUCCGUUUACAUUCUUGGAACGGCUUCAGUGCAUUUUACCAGGAACGCUAUCAUCCUUCCGACGAUUCUUCGAGACCAAGGUGCGCGACGUGCUGUUUGAGGACCCCCACGAGGUGACAGAAGAGGUGGUGGCCAACACGCGACUGUUUUGCACCACGACGGCCGACGGCGACUUCAUAAAUACCCUCCAAGGACAAUUUGUGGAAGCCGACAGGUUGGUCUUGGUAUUUCGGCAAGUCGAAGACGACGAAGUCCAUUCAUGCCACUUCACGCUUAGACAGAGGUCCUACCGGUCGUGGAUGGAGGUGCGACAGGUGUCGCCCACGCAUAUCUUAAUGCGGUUAGUCAGUCAUUCGUCACGCUUGUUUCGAGCCUACGAAGGGUUUAUCAGCUGCGAUGAGGUAGCGGCGUUGUGGGGCAUCAACGUGACGGGCAUCGUCGACGAUGUCCAGAAGGAAGCGUACGUGCGGCGCGAACUGAUCCGAUUGGGAAAUGCGCAUUUCUUGGUUUGGCGACGACGGUUUACAGCCUUGAUGCAGGCGUCGUAAUACUACACGACCAUCGUGGUAACCACGAUUGAAGGAGCU